AUGUCCAACUCUAGUUUUAAGAGUGACGAAAAAGGUGGAUUGAAAGGGUCAGUUCAAGCACAAGGAAUACCUGUACUUUUAGAAAAUGACGGGGUUCAGAAUAUACUUGAAACACGAUUCCUUCUAGAGGUUUUUAAACGCCCCAUGUUUGCAGCGUUCCUGGUCGGAGUCACAGCUUUUGCAUGCCCUGGAAUGUUCUCGGCACUAAAUGGAUUGGGAGCUGGAGGUACGGCCGAGCCAACCAUCAGUAAUAUUUCCAAUGCUGUUACGUUUGGUACUAUUGCUGUAGGGGGAUUUUUGACGGGAACUAUCACGAACCAGACUGGUGUAAAAGAAUCCCUCCUGAUCGGCGCGGGAUUUUAUUCUCCAUAUGCAGCGGCUCUGUAUAUUUCGACACAGGGAAAUAGUAACUAUAAAUGGUUCAUGCCAGUAUCAGGUUUUAUCUUGGGUGUUUCGGCUGCUUUCUUUUGGAUUGCGUCGUCCGGAAUUCUUCUGGGAAAAGCUAUGUCCAUGAAAAAAAAAAUUUCCCUUCAACAUGUUGGAGGAUUGGUGGGAGGCGCUAUAUCUUUGGGACUCAAUCACACGAAACCCUCAAGUAGAAGUGUCACAGGUGGCACUUUACUGGCUCUAACUUUUGUGAUGCUGAUUGGUAUCCCAGCUGCCCUGCUACUGCCAACCCCUAGACAAAUCAACCGAGGAGAUGGUUUUAAAGUUGACGUUUUUAAACAACCUUCAAUUUGGCAUGAGUUUGCACUUCUGAAACAGAUAAUUUUGAGGAAAGACGUUCUUCUUUUGAUACCUCUUUUUACUUACAAUCAAUGGUAUCUGUCGUAUCAAUGGAACUUCAACUACAGCUAUUUCUCGUUUAGAGGUAGAGCUCUAAACAUUUUUCUGUUCUAUUUGUUUGGAACAAUCGGUGCUUGGAUUUUAGGCUUAUUUUUGGAUUUACAGCGUGUCAGAACGAUUACGAGAGCAAGAUCUGGAUUCACAGUAUUUUCGAUUAUUGCAGGAGCUUCAUGGAUACUUGGACUUGUGGUUGAAAUCCAGUGGAAAAAUACUACCCGUCUGUAUGAUUGGGGUGAUAGGGAAUUUGGUCUAGGGUGUUUUCUUUUUUGCCUUUGGGGUUUUAUGGACGCAAUGUACAACGCAUUUGUCUAUUGGGUUGUUGGAACUUUAUCUAAAAAGUUAAUGAAUUGUUCUGCUUUGGCGUUUGCCGUUUUUACCAAAAAAGCCUCAGGCAUUGCUCAAUGUGCGAUCAAUACCGGGCUAUUUUUUUUCUCCCUCACAUUCUUCUCCGUUGUUGUUUGGAGAAUCAAAGAAGACAUCAGUGAAAAACAUCCAGAAGAAGAAUUUCCCCAGACAGGUAUUGUCUCUUUUGAAGAUAGACUGUAG